GCCAUUGCUCGAGCUCGUUUGUUUCGGCGGAUGAAGCAAAGGCGUUGCAUUGUGGGAAUGACGUCAAGUUCUUUUAGGAAGGCGACCACGGCUAUGGAUUUGGUCACUAAAAUUAGCUAUUGAGUUGGUUUGCCUGUAUAUGCUACAGUGUCAUGGUGCCCAUUUUGGUAUGAAUGUAUUUAUUACUGCGUGAUGGCAAGGAUUCGCUGUAACUAUUGCCAAAACGAGAUUUAUGGCUACCGACUGCGAUGCGCCGAGUGUGAAGAGUUUGACCUUUGUUUACAGUGCUUUUCGCUUGGCGCUGAAGUAGCUGCCCACCGAAGGGAGCACUCUUUCAUCAUAAAGAACGAUCAAGGACCCUGCAUAUUUGAAGAUACAGAAACAUGGUCUCUGGCAGAGGAAAAUAUGCUGCUGGAUGCGGUGGAACAAUAUGGUUUUGGGAACUGGAAUGGAGCAGCGGCCCACCUUGAAACAAGAACAGCGUCUCAAUGUGAAGAUCACUAUCGACGGUUUUAUGUAAACGGCGUAAUAGGUGAUUCAACAUUGCAGGAGGUUCCAAGGCCGAGCAUCACUGAUCAUUCUAAUGCAAAUGGAGCAUUGGCAGGUCCCCUCUCACCGAGUUUGACCAUUCCUAUUACACCUUUAGAAAUCGGGCAACAGCAGCAGCAGGAGCUGGGCUACAUGCCAUACAGAGAUGACUUUGAGAGGGAACAUGACAAUGAAGCAGAGGCACUAGUCAGCAGUUUAGCUCUUAAUCAUGAUGAUGAGGAGAUAGAUACAGCAAUAAAACUUGCACAGAUAUCAAAAUACAGACUGAGAUUACAGGAGAGGGACAGACGGAAAAGGAUAGCAAGAGAAUAUGGUUUGAUUUCUGCUGGUGCUCCUCCCAUCUCUAAAGUCCUCAAAACACCACAUACAAAAAAGAAAUCGGGAAAGACUGGAAGGGAAUUACAAGAGCGGUUAAAACCUUUCUCACAGUUUCAUUCUAUGGCUGAACACCACAUGCUGUUUGACAACAUCAAAAGGGAAAAAGAAACGAAAGCACGGAUCAAAGAGCUCAUUCGGUUACGGAAAAAUGGCAUCACAAAGCUUGAAGAUGAGGAGAUAUAUGAAGAGGAAAAGUUUAAGAGAGAAAAAAGAAAAGAGAAUAAGAAAAAGAUGGCAUUGUCUGCUGUGCCAAAGCGGAGUUCCCAAGUCUCCAAAAAAGCAGACGGAAGGUUAGAAAAAAUGGAUAUUUCUUCAGAAGAAAACGUCGAAAAAAUUGUAGAAAAAGAUGAGGGAAGCACAUCGGAACCUCGCAAGGAAGUGAACAACAGCAUGCCGGGCUUUGAGUUGAUUUCUGAGAAUGAAAAGAAGCUAUGCAAUUCAAUGGGCAUGUCACCCGCAAACUACAUCACGAUCAAGACAUGUAUAAUUAAAGACUAUCUUCAAAGAUGCAAUGGCAAAGAUGUAGGGAAAUUCAGAUAUCCAGGUGGCAUGGACAAAACACACAGACGCAAAAUUAUAGGCUUUCUACAAGACAAUUUAUGGAUUGGUGCAUCCUGAAACUGAUUUUGUAAGGGAACAAGUCAUUAAAUCAUUCUGAAAGAACAAACACUAGAGCAGUGGGCGGCUACUAGAACACUGUUGCAUUAGCAGGUUCGGCAUCUGAUUUGGUCUGUUCCUGGGAUCAAUGCUCCUGGUAUUUCUGUCCUAAAUGGUUGUCUUGGAAUGUUUAUGGAGGUCAGUUCCUACUUUGCCUUAGACUAAAAUUUCAAGUCAAUUUUCUCAAGGAUUUGAAAGUCUCUGGAAGUUUGUUGCACCACAGCACAAACACUACAGGUUGUGAAAUGUUUGUCUGAUUAAGAUUAUGCACUUUGUCAGAAUGUGAGCUGACUUCCAAACUGGUAGCAUCAUCACAGUUGUUGCACACUUUGUUGUGACACGUGAAAGCCCAUCACUGACGUUUGCAUCAUCUUUGGUGUGUGUUGCAGUUAUGACAGUGUAGACAUAAGAGCGAAUGUGUUUAUGCAUCAGUAUUACACAUGGGCAACAUCUGAUCAUAUUGAUUGAUACCUUCCACAAUUUCAGCAUCAUUUUUUUUCACAUGCAAUCUAGAAUUGUCUCCCACCUGCUAGACAGCAAUGGUGGUACGGUAAUACUAUCUCCACCUCCCCCAGUGCGGUCAGUCACCACCACAGUUACAUUGCUACUGCAGAUUUACUGCACCAAUCGCAUAUUUGAUUCGUGAGCCUUCAUUUAUGAUUUUUGUUUGCCCUGUGUGGAGCCAGGGAAAUGUAGCUCAACACUUAUGUGUUUUAUUAAGAUCCGUAAUGUAAAAUGAGACACUUUGCUUCAAUAUAUUAAAUACCCAGUCAGAUUCACUUUUUGUGCCAUAAUCUUGGUGCUCAGUCACACUGGAUAGGGUUAUUUUGAAAUGAUUUAAUAGGUGGCUAAGUCAACUUUUACUUUAAAAUUAUGUCAAUUCUUUAAAGUAAAAGUUAUAGUGCUUUUGAGAACUGAAUGAGGUUUGAAUCUUAUAUCAGUGCUUGAAUGGUAGAUUAAAUUUUAUUUGAAUAUUCUUUGGAAACGGUAUAAUAUUAUUCUUUUAGAUUGAGGUAAUAGAUGCUAAGAUAAAUGAAUAGUAACAUUUUUUGUCACGAGUCGUCUAUGAGUUGAUUGCAGUAAUUGCAGUUUCUGUUUUUGUAGAAAUGUGUCGUGUGUCAUGACCACCUCAUAUUGAAUGCAAAUUCUAUUUCACAUACCUGGCCAUUGUUGUACUGGUUUCCAGUCAUUCUCAGUCAUCCAUUUGCAAAGCUUUGUUCCUUCUUUGCGAGAUAUCCUUUUUAUUUUUUUAUUUAUUUUUUUGGUUGAGUUGUGCUACUUCCACUCAUCAAUGUCUUAUGCAUUUCAGUGGGCUAAAAUGUCCCUUUUGCAAGUGUUAUGUAAGGGUGCAGAUAGUUAGGGAGGAGGGGGUCUCACCACACCAAUUUGAGCUGACAUUACUUUAAAACUGAUGCAGGUUUUCUGUUGCUUUUCAUUUUUACUUCUCAAGUUCUGAGCAGUCUCACUCAUGCUCCAUGACUUAAAUAUUUAGACUGGGUCUCAUGUACAGCCCUUUUCUAAAAAUCAACUCCUGGGGGGAGCACAACAAAGAUUAACUCAACAUUAAAAAAGAAAAAUGAAAUUGUCUACAGCAGCAACCAGAUAUGAUUUAUUAUAAUGGUACCAAAUAAACUGUAAAGGAUAAAUUGUACAGAUGUAUGUUUUGAACUGUCAGUGUUAUUUCACUGAGCCCUGGCCAUUGCGGAAAUGCGAUGGCUACUUCAAACUAGUUUUUUUCACACUUUAAAAAAAUUCUCAAGAAUGUAAUAAUUAAGCUUAAUUUUUGGCUCAGAUGAAGAUCAGGUACAUUUCUUUAUUUUUAACUUUACUCAAUUAUCUGUUAACAUUUUCCCCCCCACAAUUUUUUAAAAUACUCCACUAUUUUGUCAAACACCUGCUCACUAAACGUGAAAGAAAAUAACUCCAAAAUUAAUUAUUGUAACACAAAAAUAUGACUAGAUUAGGUUUGUUAGAAGGUAUUUCUGGACAAGUCCUGAUCAGUUGAGUUGAUUCUUCAUUGUUUUACUAAGACUUAAUUGUUAUGAUCAGUUUCGCAGAGUUCUCAGACAUCCUUAGAUCUGGUAUUUUUAAAACUGUGUUUAGGAAAUCUUCAUUUGCGGUAAGAAAAACAAUGCAACUGAAACUGUGUAGCAAAUUGUAUCAUAUCUUUAGAUGGUCAUUUUGACAAAAAAGGGGAAAUCCCAAUCUCCAAUCUUGUCUAUGUUUGGGACCAGCGCUCAGUGAGUUAACCCUUUCGCACUUAGCAGGCUUGGCCAGCUGUGCCCCCCCCAAUCCUUAAGACAAGGGCAACAACUCCACGAAAAUUGAAGGGGUACCUUACUAAAAAAAAAAAAAAAAAAUCACAAACACAACCAAAAAUGAUGAAAAUAGUAUUUUCUGAAAGGAAAAUGAAUGAGCUAAAUUACUAGUACAAAAUUAUAAGUGGAGUCGAAGAGUAUGAUAUGAGAGGUCUUUCUGAGAUGCGUGUCUUGGAUUCCGAGUCUAGAUCUAGACCUCGUAUUCAUUUCUUCAACUCACGAAGUUUCUGCCACUGACAAAGAGGUAAUCCACACAAAAGAAAUACAACACAUUCACAGAGAUUGAAGCCUCUGGUGGAAACUUGAAAGCACCUAAAAGACUUUUCUUUGGGUGUUUUUAUUUUGUUUUUGCAGUACUCAUAUCGGGCAGCUUUGCGCCCAUGCAUCCUAGAGACAUGAUGGCGUGUUUACAACUAAAAUCUCCUCCGACUUUUGUUCCCGCUCAAAAAGUGACUCUUUGUGCUAGCGAAACAAGAAAAACACCAUAGUAAACCGGAACUCUUCCUCUAUAAAGAUAGCUAAGUAAGUGAAACUUCUGAUGAUAUUAAAAGUAGAAGCCUCCAGCGGCAACGAAACAAACACACCCGUGGCGGGCGCUAUAGGGAUGAGCGGGGGUCACCGGCACGGGCGCUGUAAGUGCGAAACGGUUAAAAAGAGAUCAAUAUCUAGUUGCAAGCUCAAUUUGGGAAAUAAAAGAUCGAGACAGCAAUGUCAUAAUUUCAAGAUUCUCAAGGCCAAAAGUCUAAUCUAAUUACUUGAUAACGGAACUAUAGAACUAUAGGUAUUGGCCAACACUGGAAGAUCAUAGACAAGCGAAAGUCAGGUUAUGUCAGGUGAGAAUUUCCUCACUAAUUUAUUGUGGGAAAAAUCCUGACAGCAGUAGGGUGCAAGCAUGGAAAAUCACAGUUGCUGGUAGAGAGCUUGAAACUAUGGUUGAUUUAGGUUCAUAGACAGGUUCGUGCAACGGGUGAUUUAGGUGGUAUUUUUGUCUGUAUUGAUGGUGAUUGGGUUAAUUUUCUGCUAUGUGAACAGUGCUGCCGUGCCAAGGUAGAACGACAUAUCAGCACUUUUCAUUAUUUUGAGUUACAUCGCACUGCCAUUGGAAAUAUGGGCAUGGCCCUUCAGUUACGUCUGUUUGCAAAUAGUGAAAUAUCCUAUAUGAAGUGCAGAUACGUCUUCCUGCCUUUGACACAAGAUGCAGAAUGGGUAUAGACGUCCAUUUAAACAAAGAUGCAAAAAUUUUUGCAGAUGCGUCUGUCUGCUUUGGCACGGCAGAGUACCUUUGUGAUCCUACCAAAUGUGUCACAGCACGUUGAAAUUAGGUGCUCGUCAAUUCUGGUGCGUAUGGAGUUUUUGUUAUGGUGAUAAAACUUGUUCAUGUGUCUUGAUUUUGAUUUUUAAAAUACCAAUCUUGAAUAAGAGAUGUUUGUGACUGAAGGACGAGAGGGUCCUGUGGUAUCCGAGAUAAGAUUAGUGAGAAAAUGGCCGUCCAAGUUUGAUGUCUUCAAAGCUUGGAUGUCCUUGUAAACUGCACAUUUACAUUUGUUGUGCCUUUGUUGGACAAUUUUCAGUAAAAUCCAAGCAGAAAUAGGUUUUUAACUGGACAUAAAAUGUGUUGAGUCAGAAAAAAAUUAAGUAAAAAUUGCACAACUGACAAACGUCAGUUUCUUCAAUUUUGUUAUUUUGACGGGCGCCUAAUUUCACUACGGUGCCACACAAAUCUUGACUCGCUGUGAUUUGAUUCUGCAAAGUCUUCUCUGAUGUUUCCUUCUUCCACCCUCUCCUCUACAUCUCAGGGCAUAUGGCAUAUAUGCACAGGUGUAUGGUUUUAAUUUGGCUGAAAAUGCUUUUAAAAUUUGAAUGUGAAAUAAAACAAUAUUUGCAGUUCUUUCGCUGGCUAUUGUAAUUGUUCUAUCAGAAUGUGCAUUGAUUAUUGAUUUUUCUGUCCUUGUGAUUGCUAAAUUAUCUCUCUGUUCUCAUGGAAAAUAGUUUUCUCAGAAAUGUGUUUAUUAUCAUUCCUGCUCAAUUGAAAUGUGGGAUUCUUUUCAUUUUUUAUGAUGGUAUUAUUACUGUUGUAGCCAUGAUAGUCAAAUUUGAUUGAAGGAAAUCUGUAGCAAUGUCAAAGGGACAACCAACAGGGAACGGUUUAGUAGAGCCGGCUAACCAUGCAUGAAAUCCCAGGCCAUUUUAUUCAUGAUCAAAGUCCAAUUUGUCUGAAGGUAUUUCUGGACAAAUCCUGAUCAGUUGAGUUGAUUCUUCAAUGUAACUUCAUAGAUCUUAUAUCAUAGGAAAUAACUUACACACUACCCAAGUGUUCCAUAAAAGGUGAUUGCAUUGUGUUCAAACUCAAAAUGGAGGCCUACAUUAUUUUAUGUUGUGGUUGCUUUGUUUAAACAUAGUCUUGGUGUGAUGAAAUCUUGCAAGUGUGUGCACAUCACAGAUGGAAAAGGGCAAGAAGCUAAUUAGGAUGGUUUUUUAGCCUCAUGUACAAAGAAACAGAAGUUCGUAAGGAAAGGUAUUUCUGAAUCGGAGAAAUGGGCUCUAUGUCUUCAGGCUUUGGAACAAUUAUCACAGCAGAUAUCUUACUGCAGUUUAGCAUGCAUUUAACGAAAUCAGCAGAACACAGAACUCUAAGAAAAACUUAGUGGCCUGAAAAUCUGUUCGUUAUGGGCGUGUUUCACUGAGUGUGUGUUCGUUUUGUGCGUGACUAUUGAUAAAUGCCCUUUAUUUGUAUUCUGUUUGAGUAUAUCAGUUGAAUGUUGCUUCUAAAAACUUCAAACGCAUGGAACGUAUGUAUGAAAACCCCCAUUCCUUUCUUUGUUUUGUAAGAACCCUCCUGCAAUCAGUUCAUUUUAAUGCCUUAUUUAUUCCAUCAGUCAUAACCAUCCGCCCACACCCCAUCAAAUCAUUGUGUACAGUCUUCAUGCUAUUUAUUUGUUGGAAUCUUUUAAUGCAUUUGGUGCGUCAGUGUGUGUGUGUAGAGAAUGAAUGCAUGCACAAAUACAGAUGCUAUGAGAGAUGGACAUAUGGAAUAAAAGAUAUGUUUUGAAAGAAAACUA